GCAAGGAUGUCUGGUGACGAUUCAACUGACCGAAAUGUUGAAAUAUGGAAGAUCAAGAAACUAAUCAAAAGUCUGGAGGCCGCUAGAGGUAACGGAACCAGUAUGAUCUCUCUCAUUAUCCCACCUAAAGAUCAAAUAGCUAGAGUUAGCAAACUGCUAGCAGAAGAGUACGGAACGGCGGCUAACAUUAAGUCACGUGUAAACAGGCUUUCCGUUUUGGGAGCUAUAACUUCUGUACAACACAGAAUAAAGCUCUACAACAGAGUGCCUCCAAAGGGAUUGGUAGUGUACUGUGGUACCAUCAUCACAGACGAAGGAAAAGAAAAAAAGGUUAACAUUGACUUCGAGCCCUUUAAACCGAUCAAUACAUCUCUGUACUUGUGUGAUAACAAGUUCCACACGGAGGCCCUGGACGCUCUCCUAGCCGAUGAUAACAGAUUUGGGUUCAUAGUUAUGGACGGUAACGGUUGUUUGUUUGGUACACUCUGUGGUAAUACCAGGAAUGUUCUCCAGAAGUUCACAGUUGACUUGCCUAAGAAACACGGAAGAGGUGGUCAGUCCGCUCUCCGUUUCGCUCGACUCCGUAUGGAAAAAAGGCACAACUACGUCAGAAAAGUGGCCGAAACUGCCGUGGGUCUGUUCAUAGCAAACGACAAGCCCAACGUAACUGGACUAAUUUUGGCGGGAUCAGCAGAUUUUAAGAGCGAGCUGAGCGGUUCGGACAUGUUCGACCCUCGGUUACAAACCAAGGUAUUGAAACUAGUGGACGUCUCGUACGGUGGAGAGAAUGGCUUCAAUCAGGCUAUAGAACUAUCGCAGGAGUGUCUAGCUAAUGUAAAGUUCAUUCAGGAGAAAAAACUUAUCGGCAGAUAUUUUGACGAGAUCUCACAAGAUACGGGAAAGUACUGCUUCGGAGUAGAAGACACCAUGAAGGCCCUCGAUAUGGGAGCUGUAGAAACUCUGAUAGUGUGGGAAAAUCUGGAUGUUAUGCGGAUAACUUUGAAGAACCACCAAACGGAAGAAGAACGUGUUAUACACAUUCGACCUGACGAUGAACAGGACAAAACACUCUUUAUGGACGCUGGCGUAGAGCUAGAGGUGUUGGAGAAGAUGGCAUUGAUAGAGUGGUUUGCAAACAACUACAAAACCUUCGGUGCAACGCUGGAGAUCAUCACAGACAAAUCACAAGAAGGCUCCCAGUUCUGUAAGGGAUUUGGUGGAGUUGGGGGUAUUCUCCGGUACAAGGUCGACUUCCAGUCCUUUGAAGUGUUUGAUAGCCACUACGACAAGGAUGAUUUGGACGAUUUUGACUUCUGACAUGUGGACGGCCUUAAACCGGGCCUAAUAACCAUGAUACAGAUACAGACAACGCGCCAUUGCUGAUCGCCAUGGGUAUCAGGCCGACUUCAGUCAGGAGAAAAAGACUCGAAGUGAAGAACAUUGCUUAAUUUGAUUUUAUAAUUCUCAAAAUAAAA